CGGAAGUACUUCCGGUAUUGUGUUCGUUGAUCGAACGUUUGCUAAGAUUUUAUCAGAAUCGAACCAUAAAUGAAAUAAUUUCACAGAAGGUAAAAUGUGAUAUCUGAAAGGAUUUACUGUGGUAAGGCAUGGGGAGCCGUGGACAGCGAUCGAACGGUGGAAGAGGAGGGUAAGGCUUUUAAAAGCUGAUACCAAAUUUCAGGAUUCAUAUGCAUUGAGCUUACUUUUCAGUAUUUAUUAGAUCUAACCCUUUCUAUGACAGACUGACAAAAUAGCCUCGAUUUUUUCUCAUCAAAGUACUAUCCAGACCUAUUUCAAAGACUACUUGAUCUGAAAAGAUGUCUCUGAAACAGUCUGCAGUCAUCGUUACACUCCCGAAUAGACUUACACUGAAUAUAAAUAUGAAACAACGAUGUCAACAAAGUGCAGUUUUUAUUAAAAGUAAGCUCUUAAAGCGUAUAGCUGAAGAAUUGAAAUGCCGAGUAAUAAUUUCUAGGAAAAAACUUUUUUUAUGACGGCUUCAAUCAGAGCUGGACACUCAAGCGCAUAUCUAAAAUUAGUUUAUUCUUGUCGAGGCACAAAUAAAACCUUAAACCAUCAAUCCUGUCUACAACUUUAUUACAACUUUGCUAAUUUUUUGUAAGUUUGCACAUUAAAAGCUUUAUCUGUCUGCAGAUAGCGCUGUUAUUGCGGCAAAGUUCUCUCUCUUCAGUAUACACCGUAACUGAAUGACUGGUCUUCAAUAUACUAUAGAUGAAUAUAAAUUACAACAAUGACUCGAGUUGACUCGGUCAUUACCGUUUAGGUCACCUAGCGUAAUUGAGGUGUCGAUUGCUGAUAUUUCCUUAAAUAUUGGUUGGGUUGAAAACACAACUGUAAGCCGGUAGAUGAAAGGGUCUUGAUGGCAGUUGAUCUCUCAGUCUGACAAAAGGCUGCACUGAGGUCAGUGAUGAUCAUGACUUCUCAUCCUUCACAGAGUAGCUUACAAUCGUCUCCAACAAAAUGGAGCGGCAACAAAGGGUGAAUUUGUGACCGUCCCAAAUGAUCUGAAAGGUUACGUCAUCGGGAAGGAUGGGUGUACUAUUAAAGAGAUCAUGAAGUCAUCAGGCGCGAAGAUCACAUCACCGCGAAGGCAGGACGAUGGGUUUUUAGUCAAAGGUGAUGCUGGACAAAGAGAAUAUGCUAAGAGGCUUAUAUUAGAGAAAGUGGUAAGUGCAAUGUGUAAUGAUAACAUAGUAAGAAUAUUAUUUCUGUGUCAAAUGGAUUGACCAUUUCCUUUCAUUGCGAACAUAAAAAUUGAGUAUGAUUUAUCAAAUCACAAGAUCAGUACAAGUCUAGAAAUCAGUAUUAUAUAAAAGACAGAGAUAACGAAACUCUGGAUCCACUUCGGUAAAAGUCGUCAUAAAAAAAACAAAGUUAAAAACCAGCUAUUUACAGGACAAAUGGAAGGAUUCAGAUUUACAACUUAGACUGACUGAAGCAAAACAUUUCGCUUUUUGUGAAGUGCAAUAUUGAUCACUAAUCUGUCAAUUGUCAGCUUCUCUUUGAACCUUAUGGAUUAGCACUGUGCAGAAAUAUCAUACUUCCGGGUUUAAUAGGGUAGACGUGAGGACGCAAAACAAUUACCUUCGUACUUUCCUCUACAGCACCAAUUACAGAUCAAGAAAUCAGAGAUAGCUCAGACUUUUGAAUUGGUCCAAAUUCCAAGUGAAUGCAAAGGCUUUGUGAUAGGUAAAAGAGGAGAGAAUCUCAGACAGAUAAGCGGUCAAACAGGAGCAGAUUUGAUACGUAAAGAUGGUAAUGUGUACCUGGCCAGCGGAACAGAAGAACAAAGACAACAUGCUAAACAAUGUAUCAGAGAAAUAGUGGUGAGUUGUAACAUCAGGCCUUAAUGGACCUCUUUGGCUUGUGUUUUGCUUUCCCAAUAGAGUUCCUAGAGUUUUCAUAAAUUAUGCGUAGAUAUACACGUGGAUGAGACGAAAUUUGAAAGAAACAUUCCUCUAGAGUAUUAUCAAAUGACCUGUAUUGGAACAACAAAACAUGCAAGCUAAAGAGAUCUUUUGUUGAGACCGGCGAGAACACAAACCAGAGAACAGAGAUUGGUGAGAACACAGUCACCCCAUGCAUGUAAGGUAAUCGGCAUUCCGGAAUCCAAAACAUAUGCGCUUGUGGAAUUGGGAAUCCUAGGCUUUGAAAUCCGUAACCCAGCUCAAGGAAUCCGGAAUCCAUGUUCUACUGAGGAGGAGUCCGGAAUCCAGUANUCAGGCGCGAAGAUCACAUCACCGCGAAGGCAGGACGAUGGGUUUUUAGUCAAAGGUGAUGCUGGACAAAGAGAAUAUGCUAAGAGGCUUAUAUUAGAGAAAGUGGUAAGUGCAAUGUGUAAUGAUAACAUGGUAAGAAUAUUAUUUCUGUGUCAAAUGGAUUGAGUAGACCAUUUCCUUUUAUUGCGAACAUAUAAAUUGAGUAUGAUUUAUCAAAUCACAAGAUCAGCAAAAGUAUAGAAAUCAGUAAUAUAUAAAAGACAGAGAUAACGAAACUCUGGAUCCACUUCGAUUAAAAGUCGUCAUAAAACAAAAACAGAGUUAAAAACCGGCUAUUUACAGGACAAAUGGAAGGAUGCAGAUCUACAACUUAGACUGACUGAAGCAAAACAUUUCGCUUUUUGUGAAGUGCAAUAUUGAUCAUUAAUCUGUUACUUGUCAGCCUCUUUUUAAACCUUAUUGAUUAGCACCGUGCACAAAUAUCAUACUUCCGGGUUUAAUAGGGUAGACGUAAGGACGCAAAACAAUUACCUUCGUACUUUCCACUACAGCACGAAUUACAGAUCAAGAAAUCAGAGAUAGCUCAGACUUUUGAAUUGGUCGAAAUUCCAAGUGAAUGCAAAGGCCUUGUGAUAGGUAAAAGAGGAGAGAAUCUCAGACAGAUCAGCAGUCAAACAGGAGCAGAUUUGAUACGUAAAGAUGGUAAUGUGUACCUGGCAAGCGGAACAGAAGAACAAAGGCAACAUGCUAAACAAUGUAUCAGAGAAAUAGUGGUGAGUUGUAACAUCAGGCCUUAAUGGACCUCUUUGGCUUGUGUUUUGCUUUCCCAAUAGAGUUCCUAGUGUUUUCAUAAAUUAUGCGUAGAUAUACACGUGGAUGAGACGAAAUUUGAAAGAAACAUUCCUCUAGAGUAUUAUCAAAUGACCCGUAUUGGAACAACAAAACAUGCAAGCUAAAGAGAUCUAUUGUUGAGACCGGCGAGAACACAAACCAGAGAACAGAGAUUGGUGAGAACACAGUCACCCCAUGCAUGUAAGGUAAUCGGCAUUCCGGAAUCCAAAACAUAUGCGCUUGUGGAAUUGGGAAUCCUAGGCUUUGAAAUCCGUAACCCAGCUCAAGGAAUCCGGAAUCCAUGUUCUACUGAGGAGGAGUCCGGAAUCCAGUAACUGGAAUCCGCAAUCCACAAGGUGGAAUCCAGAAUCCAAGACUGUCCCUGAUUACCUUACAUGGGGCGAGUGAACUGUCAGCUAAAAUUGUCUUUUACGGCAAACAUCCGGCCCUGAUUACAUGAGACCGGUGGGAACCCGAAACCAGUAAGACGUAAGAUCACUCUCACUGCUAAUACUUGCUUCUGCCAUUGUAGAUGAGGGUCUCUGCCAGACUAGUUUCAUGUAAGAAGACCCAUCUAAAGUUGUACCGGUCUUGUAAGUUCCUCAAUGCCGCCGUUCAAGGUACUUGCUUUUACCGUUCAGAUUCGUCCCGGUGUAGUUUUAUACUUCCCGAGUUUAUGAGGGUUUAAUGCCUUUAAAAACGUACCGUUCCUUUGACUUAUCAUGGGAGAGAAAAAUCAUCAAUCUGCGAAUACGUACGUACAAGCUGUUAGGAUUAGCCCACUGACUUAACGACUAUUUAUACAUAUGGGUACAUUUAAGCUUUGCAGAAAGUAUUUAAAAUAACACUCAUAAACAGUUUACGCUUUAAUUUGUUCUCUGGCACAAAUGCAGAGGAGAAAAUCAGAAGAAAACGCUCCCCCCGGAGAAUUAGUAGACAUUCCACGCGAAUUCAAGGGAUUAGUCAUGGGCUCAGGGGGAUACAACCUCAAUUUCAUCAGCACGAAGACAGGAGCAAAACUGAUUCGCAAAGAUCGUGAAGUGUACAUAGUCAGUGGCACCGACAAACAGAAGGAACAGGCCAGACUGCACAUUAAAGCAGCAAUAGUAAGUACAUUGGAAUACCUUAAUUGCGCUUAUUUAGAAAAAUUUAUAUCUCGGGCAAGUAGUUAGAGGUGAACUCAGGCCUUCAAUCUAUUCACACCAUAGAAGAUAGCAGCUAGUAAAACAGUUUGCAAGAAACAGCGCUCAAAAUUUGUCUCUAGGCUGGAGCAAUAAUCAGAGGUUUAGAAAACGAAUUCGUCAAGCCCUGUGUCUACAUUGAUGACUGGAAUCUCCCUGAGGAUUGUGAAGUUAAACUGAAGAGCUUGGCGAAAAAGGAUCGUACGGUACAUCCAGGUUGGGACACUCAGUACAGGCUUAUACCGUCUGAUCACGAUGGGCCACAGGUUUGCAAGCAUUUUUUGUGUUACUUUGCCAUGCGUUGUUAAUAUCACAUUUUAGCUAAGUUUCCCAGUCUAAACUAUUUUUUGUGUACUGCACGUAUGUAAGUUGUCAUUUCUUAAAGGAGUACAAGGAGUUACAUUCAUCCUAGCUUUUCUCUCUCUCUGUUUUUUAAUCUUUUUAUUACAAUUACUGUACUAAAAAAGAUAAAACAGCCAGCCUUUUCAAUGGCAAGCUGCAGAAUUCAGUGCGGUUGUAAGGCUAGAAAACCAGUCCAUUUAACAUUGUACUUAGCCUCCACACAUCUAAUUUUGCUACUGCCCACUUGUCCAACAGAUCAGUACACGGAGGCGGCUUACUUACUUUCCUACCUAAUAUUUUACAUAUAUACAUUUCACAAUCUACUUUAAAUAACGGGAUUUUUCUUUUACAUAGGGUCGCUGUUACUCUUUUACCAAUCGUCCUUAUAACCUUUUUUAUCAUUGUUAUGUCCAUCACUUAAUUUAUUGCCAUUAAAUUGUAAUAAAUAAAACUUGUCCUGUUUAGGUGUCCUCCAAUUCUAGUACUGUCGACCCACCCUAUUUGUCACAGCUUAUGGUGGACGCUUUGGAGUCUCUUCAAAACAUAAAGCAGCAAAUGAAGACAAAAGAAUAUCCUAAGGCUGAUAUGUGGUGUCACUUUGGGACAGCUAACAUCCGGGGACCUGACGAAGGUACCGCUUUGUUUCAGUCAUCCCUACAACACAUGCACGCAGACUCGUGAAAAUGAGACAUGUCUCAAAUGCACCUUCCAAUUAAGUGUAUGUACCGAUAAAGCCAUACAUUGAAUUAAAAUUGACUAACGUGAAGUGAGAUCAGUAGCGCGGAUCAAAUUUUCUGGUCUAAAGAGACGUUAUAGCACGCGACUGAAAAUUCAGACACCUCCUAAGUGCUUGGUAAAAGUUAUUUGAUGUUUAAAAUCAGAAACGAUUCAAAGUCAGCGGCGCAGCAAGGAAUUUUCUAGAGGUACGCACAAUUUUCCAAAUCCGCCUGCUCCACCUGAUUCGCCUUCUCUCCCGCUAACUCCCCCUCAAGGUCCAAAAUUAUUUCAAAGGUGCCUUGACUUUAGAUGAGGUCUUGGUGUCCCAAACUUAUCCUGCAUAGCAGAAGUUGAAACUUUUUGCGAUGUAAACACUUCCUUGUGUCCUUAUAACUUUGCAUAACUCCUGGCCAUGUGAGUGAGGGGCGCUGCACACAGAUCACUCUUUAAAAUAAUUAUCUUAUAUUCAUUUGCGUUUUUAUUACGUUUUUAAAACUUGUUUAUUUCACUUUUCUUCUGACCCUCAACAUUUUCAGUUACGCACGUGCGUACCGUGCGUACAGGUAGCUACGCCCCUGCAGGUUGUAUUUGCUUGCAAAGUUAUACAAAGAAAUUUCACGUUAACCAAACAAACAACUCAUGGUUACUGAAUCUGCAGUCCUACAGUCACGUCGACGUACUUUUUUAUUUUGUCAGAGGAAGCUGAGGAAGGAGAGUGGACUAUCAAAGAGGUAGUAGAGAGGUUUCAGUCAGACAACGAGAGAAGUCCAUGGAGAACUUCACUCAAGGGAGGAGUUGAUCUGGAUGAAAAAACCUGGAAAGGAAUCAGUUCCCGCGAAAGCACUACGAACGGAAACAUGGAUUAUGUGGCAAGAUAUGACUUGACUUUUUUAAUGCCACUUGGAAAUGAAAUACGAUUCAAGGUAGGUAAGGGCUCCAGUUGAUUGAACAUAACAUUCGUCCAAAAAAUAAAUUGUAAUUUGUAAUUUGUUUACCCACGGAUCACUAAGGAGUUCAUAAGAACUCGUUGAAACGUGUCCGUGCGUUCGAGAUCGAAUUGGAAUUUGAAAGUGUUAGUUUUUAAGGAGAGGGGAAAACCGGAGUACCCGGAGAAAAACCUCUCGGAGCAAGGGAGAGAACCAACAACAAACUCAACCCACAUAUCAUAUCGUAUCUUCUAAUUAUUGCUUGAUGCAUGCAGCAUGUCAGUGGAUGCGUUUGAAAUCCUUCUUUUGACGUAAUUCUUACGACACCAUCCAACAGUGUUGGAUGGGUCUUGGAUGAAUGUCGUCUUUAUCAGGCGAAUGUUAGAUCUAACUAUCAAUCACGUGUUGAUCAUCGUACACCACGUGAUCAUCAUUCUUGAAUGAUGUUGGGACAACUUGUUUGAUACAUCAAAUUGCACCCUAGGCUCGAACCACAGACUUUCACCAUUCCCAUUCAAUAUUCGGCGACUAAGGGAUACCAACUUAGUUUAUCUUAGUUUGACAAGGGCCACGAGGUCAUGCAUGUUGUACUCUGUCCACUGAUUGGAUAACUAUACUAGGUUUUGACAUUUGAUAAUUCGGAUCUACCUAUUUACUGACCCAUCUAGUCCAAUUAGGACCAGAUCCUUGCAGAUAAAACCUCUGCCAGGACAACGGAAGAGAUCUUGGGCUUUAAUCGCCCAUAUAGAGGAACGGAAACAGAAUGAUUCUAAAACUUGUUUGGUGAGAAUUAGUGCCUAGGGGAAUUUCUGUCAUUUUGCCAGCAAUGAUUUCCUCUGUGAACAUCCCGUGCCUUUUUGCUUCUACCGGGUUACUAAGAUCGCUCUUAAUACCAGAAAAAGACCUUCAAUCCAAAAACAAACCUGAAGAAAGGUGUAAGGUUUGUAUAUAGUGGAACGUGCACUUAGCUUAAUUUACAGGCACUCCGCUCGAAUAACAAAGAAAUAAUUUGAAUAUAACGAAAUAGGAUUAAAAAUGCCAACUGGCAGAAGGCAACCAGUUGGUCAUAUACAAGCGUGACCGAGGAUUUUUGUCGCUGGAUACUCGGUCAUGCUACCUCCCUAAGCCUUGCUCUUCUUUACAGAUAUGGAUUACAAGGAGCAACACUCGUAAAAAGUUAGAAGACAUUCCAAUUCCUUUUAAUGAUGUGAAGAACAUCCUGGACGAAAUACACUUUGAAGACGAGUUUACGCGAUCACGGUGUCGAGGAUGGCUGGUACUUCCAUCUAGAAAAUAUCUGCAGGCAGAUAUUUUGUUUCCUGGUUGUGAGUUUGACUGCAGGCUCACUAUUCGUGGGCGGAUGGGUAUGACUUGAAUUGAAACAUUUAAAAAAGGUGGCUAAAAUAAUCGUAAUGAUCAGAAACAUAUGAGACUUUUAGUGGAAUCGUUAUUUGAUGGUUUUAGUGGAAUCGUUAAUUGAUGGUUUUAGUGGAAUCGUUAUUUCAUGACAUUUGAGUGGUUAAAAUUACUUUGAAUAUUUAUUGAGAGUACAGUUUAGCUGUCGUUAGCUAUUGUAUAACGAGAGGGAAACCUAUGUCGUAGCCACCCUUUGUCCCGACAUUAAUGUGCAGGUUACCGUACCAGCAUGGCGGACAAACAACCCGACCUCAAGAAUAGACUUUACCAACCCGAGACUUGGCCAGGAAUCGAAUCCGCAACCUUAUACACGCUGUCCAGAUGACCCUUUUCAAGGUGUGUUGGUAAUUACCAUAAGUUUAACAUUACUGUAUUUUUUUUCUAUCCUUAGAUAGCGCACUAAUUGCAGAUUAUGUACCUGAUAGAGAGUCAAGACAAGCAUUAUCAGAAUACUUGUGUAGACUGAGUUUAAAAGAUGAAAAUGGUUUUGAAAUCUGCCUCCCAGAGGGGGGUACGCCUGAAGGAUUUCACUUAAUCCACAAUCGCCGUUCUGAAAGAUCUCGUUACGAAAUCUGUCCAGGAUUUACAGUUACUUUUUCCAAGGAGAGCUCUUGGCCUAGCGAUCUUUCAAUGGAGGAGCCAAGGGAAUUGGUAUAAAUUUAAGAGCAUAUUUUCAACAUGUAUUUCGAACUUUGGUCAACUCUCUCAGAAGGACACCAAGUGAACGAAGAAGGGCAGGGACCAAAUCGAAUGGUCCGUUUUAGGGAGGUGUCUUUCUGAUAAGUGAUACCCGUUCAGAUUGCCUGCACCACAGACGAAACUUAACUCUAGUUUAGUCCGUCUGCGAAACGUCGCCGAAAUCCUUGUUCUGGGUCCCCAACUGUGUACCUGGAUUUGAUUCCGUGCCAUGAUUGGCCUGUUAAAAAAGUCUUUGUCCAUUUGCCAAUCAGGAUGAACGGAAAUUCGAAACACACUUCCGGUAAUUCGUUGAGACCAUUGGGGGCACAGAACAAGGAUUUCAGCGCUGCUUUGCAGACGAUACUAACUGAGGUUAAAUUACCUAUGCGAUACAGGCUACUGUUCAGAAAGAGUUGACCGUACUUCAUUAAGAGGAUGGACCAGAUCUUUAAGGCUCUGUAAAAAAGUUCACCUUGCUUAGAGAUUCGUAGUGCUUUCUCUAUCACUCAUGAUCCCUCAUCGCCACUUUUAUUGCAAAAAAAAAAACAGAUUAGUAGAUGACAGCAACAACACAUACAUGGACGCACACAUAUGCCCUAGGUUUACUUCACUACCGGUACCUACGUCUCCUACUAAAUAGAGAACCAUCGAACCAGAACUUUCCAACGGCGUUAAGUUGUCCAUUGAUUUUGUUAAUAGGGUCGUGAUAUAUUCUUCUUUGCUCGUUGUUACAAUCUAUUAACCUAUUUUUUUUCCCUUAACUUUCUUGCAGACCGAUCUUCAUCUGCACUGCAGAGAGUGGGACGAGUUGCUCAAUAGCGGAGAAUGGGAACCUGAACAAAUAACUGCGAAACUUCCACAGUUUUUCCGGUUUGUAAAGGACGUACAACGUUUUGUUCUUCGAGAAAUGCGGACAAAAACUGAUCAAUAGGGAGCUGUAAGGACACGAGAAGGCCAUUUUGCAUGCGAAAGGUUAAUUGUGUGCGCCUUUAAAACUUGUAAUUCGUGCGACAUGUAGCAUUAGUUGUAAUGCAGUGUAACUUGUUCAAACACGAAACACUGAGGACUUAGAACUCCUUCGUGCGUUCCAGAUCGUGCUGGUACCUUAAGAAGGGGGCGGAGGAACCAGAGUGCUCAGAGAAAAAUCUUCCAGACAAAGGACGAGAGCCAAGAACGAACUCAACCUAACACAUGACGACAACACUUGGACUCGAACUCGGGCCACGUUGGUGGGCUCACAACUCUUAUUCUUCACCCAGGCUGAACCUCGUGAGGUUAUUGUUGUUAACGCAAUUGAAUAUUCAACGGGGUUUGAAAGUCCAAUCAUGUAACUCACGACCUUGACUUUGGAAAUAGCUUUUACUCUAAUAAGCACUGAGCAAACAAACAACUUAAUUUGAUUAAUUACUGAGGUUAAGAAGAGUAUCUGUAGGGCAUACGUUCUGACGACCCUAAGGCACACCUACUAUUUGUUACAUAACGACUUCAAGCCCGUGAACAAAAUUUUGAAGUGCAUGUCACUUCUUAAAUAGUGAACUUUUGCAAUGAAAAUUCAAAGAAAAUUUGUUUUCCUCAACUGUAGUAUGUUAAAAAAUAUUUGCCUAUGUUUGUCUCAAACAAGCUUUAAACCUUAGAGAAAGAGAAGCUACAGCCGGUUAGUUUCUGCUCGUGAAGUAGUGCCACGUGAUUCGCACACGACGUUGCAUGUGUUGGGGGUAUUAUAUUGGUAGUCAGUCCACAUGCGCAACAGUUGUUAUUUGUGCAUUGUCAAUCACAGCUGGUCGGAACAACUAUACUUG